GUGCAGUCCUGCCUCGGGAUUGCAUUGCAGCAAGUCUGACUCUGUCUGAGAGACUACAGACUAUAUGCUUUCCCCUCUCCAAGUUAAUAUCUCUUGGUCUAAAGCCUGAGAAACAGUGCCAAUCUUGUUUCUCUUUCUUCCUCACACAUCCCAGAAGUUACACUGGGACACUAUUACUUUUUUCCAGGCUUUGGCCAUGUGUAUUGUUUUGGUGAGUCAGCUUCCUUUUUCUUUCAUUCUACAAAUAUAUUUUAGCUGUCACUCAGCACUAGGUGCUAUAAAACUUACAGGUGCAUUUUACAUGCCUAUUUCCUACAAGUCACGAUUUAACAAAAUGUUCAUAAAUGAGAAUUACUAGUGCAUGUAUUGAAUCACCACACAUUGACUGAACAGCUUUCAUUGGCCAGAGACUAUAUUGACAGUGGAGAUUCAAAGAUGAACUACAGAAAUCUCAUGCUUAAAGAACUUUCUAUAAUAAAUUCUGUAAGAGAAGUCGGUUCAGGGAUCUUGGGAGCUCAGAAGCAGGAUGAGUUUAAACAAAAGUUGGAUUUUGCCUUUAGCUUGGUUUCAUUACCCUGAAAGCAGAGCCUGAAAUAUACUGUAGGGUGCAAGUAGUAUAUGUGGGUGGUAAUCUCGGGAAACAGGAGCAUGUGAUGAAUAAGGAGAAAAAGCCAAUAUAAAGAUACCGCAUUGAGGGCAAUGAGGGCUCUAAUUCUCCGCACCUUCUCAAGCAUUGUGCAGAUUGGUUUUCUGAAUUAUCAGCCUGAAGGACAAAAUGAAGAAACAAUCAUUAGCUCCUGUCUCCCAUUGUCUGAGAGCUGCCACUAGGAUAUUAACUUCCUGAAAUUCUGCAGAAAUCUCCUCUUACUUUGGCACUGGAGAUGCCCAUACGCAGAAAGCAAAAAGGCACAGCAUAUUUCAGGAAGCUCAUAAGAAACAGUGCAUCCAGAAGUGGUGAGAAUUGGAGGAAUGGGCAUGGGACUGUAAGAAGCGGCGCCUUUGAUGUUCCUUUUGAUCUGAUAUGUAGCUCUUCUUGUAUACAGAAUGAAGAAGGAGCCCCACAGGAAGGAAUUCUACAAGAUAUGCCUGUGGAUCCUGACAAUGAGGCUUAUGAAAUGCCUUCUGAGGAAGGGUAUCAAGACUACGAACCUGAAGCCUAAGAAAUAUCUUUGCUCCCAGUUUCUUGAGAUCUGCUGACAGACAUUCCAUCUUGUACAAGUGCUCAGUUCCAAUGUGCCCAGUCAUGACAUUUCUCAAAGUUUUUACAGUGUAUUUUGAAGUCUUCCAUCAGCAGUGAUUGAAGUAUCUGUACCUGCCCCCACUCAGCAUUUCGGUGCUUCCCUUUCACUGAAGUGAAUACAUGGUAGCAGGGUCUUUGUGUGCUGUGGAUUUUGUGGCUUCAAUCUAUGAUGUUAAAACAAAUUAAAAACACCUAAGUGACUACCACUUAUUUCUAAAUCCUCACUAUUUUUUUGUUGCUGUUGUUCAGAAGUUGUUAGUGAUUUGCUAUCGUAUAUUAUAAGAUUUUUAGGUGUCUUUUAAUGAUACUGUCUAAGAAUAAUGAUGUAUUGUGAAAUUUGUUAAUAUAUAUAAUACUUAAAAAUAUGUGAGCAUGAAACUAUGCACCUAUAAAUACUAACUAUGAAAUUUUACCAUUUUGUGAUGUGUUUUAUUAACUUGUGUUUGUGUAUAAAUGGUGAGAAUUAAAAUAAAAUGUCGUCUCAUUGCAAAAAAAAA